UAAAAAACACGUUGCUUCGUAUCAUCGUAUCUGGAAAUGUUAAUUCAUGGCCAUUAUCAACAUCCCGCAUUAGGGCAAGGUUAUCUGUGCCAGUUAUAACACUGCGAAUUAAACGCAGCAAUUUAAAGCGAUGAUGCCAAUUAACUAGGAACGCAAAAAUGGAAGGCAAACAAUACGGGAGUACAGAACAAUUAAAAAGACAAAGUGGUAAAUUACCGGGGAUUGUUGGUAUCAUUUUUAUAAUGUUUGUAUCGGCGCUGUGCGGGGUGGUUUAUUUAAUAGACGAUAUUCUGCCAACACCUUUAUACAUUGAAGAUGAGAUUCACAAUCCAGAACGAUUUAUAGCGGAGCGGGCACAGAAUAGUUUGAAGAAGUUGGCCAAGAUUGGUGAGCGCAUUACGGGUACUGAAGCAAAUGAUGUGCAAGCGGUGAAAAUAUUGAGAUUGGAAAUUGCGAAAAUCAUCGAAAACGCUCACAAGAAUCAAAAAAUUGAGUUUGAUCAGCAAGUGGUCUCCGGGAAAGUAGAAUCUUCAAACAACCUUCGCAUUUUUGAAAACGUUCAAAAUUUGGUCGUUAAAGUGCAUGGUCAAAAAUAUUCGGAACAUUCCGUUCUUGUUAAUGUGUACUUUGACACAGCGCCCACGAGUUCAGGCGGAAGCGAUGAUGGUAUUAACUGCGCAGUUGCAUUGGAAAUCUUACGCACACUUGCGAAUUCGCCCGUCGUUUAUCUUCACAACAUACUUUUCCUUUUUAACGGUGCGGAGGAGGCUGGGUUUCUGGGACUACAUGGCUUUAUGACCCAACAACGCUGGGCCCGAGAGGUUGAGGUUUAUAUUAACUUGGCAGCUAAAGGAGCUGCUGGAAAAAUUUUGCUAUUCCACACUGGUCCAAAACAGUCCAGAUUGUUGCACUACUUUAGCAAGGUAGCAUUACCACACGCACAAGUGACCGCCGAAGAGAUGGGCGAAUCUUUCCCUUUCGCUGCCAGUAACAUUCUUAACAAAGUGUAUAACGGAUUCGAUUUCGCUUUCCACAAGAAUCAACAAAGGUACCACACCAGUUUUGAUAACCUGAAUAUACCUCUAGGUUCUUAUCAGCAUGUUGGCGAUUUGGUUCUCGAAUUAAUCAAGAACUUGGCGAACGCAUCUGAAAUAUUGGAUAUUAAUCAAACGAAGGAGGAAAGUGAUCAUAUUUAUUAUGAUUUUUUGGGGCUGUUUCUGAUAUACUACACUAAAACCAUUGGAGCCAUCAUAAAUGUGUUGACUGUAAUUUUGUCUGUUCUCAUUGCGUUGAAGGCUUUUUACGAUUUUAAAAUAAAAUGCAAGAAAUUUUUUACAUACGCUUUGGUGACCUUCCUAGGAUUAAUGUUGGGAUGGGCCUUGGCAGCAGCUUUCGCCGUAACAGUAUCUUUCAUUCUCAGAGCACAAGGCUAUAAUAUGAUUUGGUACGGAAACCCAUGGAUGAUCUGUGGAUUAUACGUCAUUCCUAUAUCGGCGAUGUCUUGUGUCCCGGUUGCAUUGUUUAAAGAAUUUGUAGCAAAAGAUUUGACGUAUAACAUGCACACGCAACUGCAGUUGCACAUGUUAAGACUGAUAUGGACCGUCGUGCUACUGGUUGGAACUUGCAUGGGUAUUCGAAGUACUUACAUUGUCUUAGUCCCGGUGGUCUUUCAAACGGGCGCGUUUCUACUGAUACACCUAACUUGCUCUCAAUACACUGUUAGAGUUUGGCAAAUUCUGUAUUUCAUUUUCACAAUUCCAGCUACCAUGUUCAUCAUUUACCUAAUUUUGCUUCUUACGCCUACUGUCACGGCUUCAGCUGUUAACCCAUACAUGCACCCAGAACUCUUCAUUGCGUUAUUAUACUUACUCUUGACAUUAUUUGCGGGUUCCAUCUACGUGCCAUUUGUCACGUUACUAAGGAGAUGGUAUAUUACCAUAGGAUCUACAUUGGGCAUUUUUGUGAUAUUUUUCGUACUGAUAUUCACACCAAUAGCUUUCCCUUAUAGUUCAACUGACAAUGCAGUUUCGCCUCAACGUUUCGUGUGCUACUAUUCCAACCAAGUGUUUCGAAAUGAGAUGACACAUAGUGUGAUUGCAAGAGAAAAGCAGCUCCAGUGUAGUGGAGAUUACAAUGCAGAAAAAACACUAUCUAAGUAUGUCAGGGAACCGAAGUUUGACGAAAGUAGUGAUCUAAUACCUCUUGAUAAAACCGUAAAACUACAAUUAGAUUCAAGAAUAUAUCUAAACCCAUCCACGGUUCAAUACAACUUUACGAUAGAAGCUCCUAGUACAAUGGCUCUCGCCAUCGAAACAAUGAAUCAUGCAAUCAUCAGAAGUGCAAAAAUCUACAUGAGUAACGAGUCCGUAAUUUUGCAAAGCAACGUAACCGACUAUUAUAUUGACUACAUUAGAGGGAAGGAGAGUUUACCCUUAAGAAUUGUACUUAAAGUGCAUUUAGUGGAGCACAACGCAAAAGCUUUACAGUUUCGACUGACUGGUAUUUAUCACUAUUCUUCAAGCAACAUUUCAAUUCCGUAUUAUGAUAAAUACCUAAAAUCAUUUCCAGUAUGGACAAAUGUUGACGCAAGGCUGGCAAUAAACGACGCCUGGUCUUUUUAAGUUAUUGCAAAUAUGAAAAUAAAUGUACUUAACCAUCA